AUGGCGUACAUGGUUUGCUGGACUACCACAAAUAGAGGCAUAUCCCCAUUAUGUCACCACGUCUCGACGUCUCGACGUCUCGGAAUCAUGACACCUGAAGAGAUCUCGGACGACGAGUUGGAUGCCGCUGAUGCGGGGCUAACCCAUCUUGAGAAGCGUUUGAGGAUGUCGAGCUGUAUGGAAGUGGUGAAGCAGCACACGGGCAAACGUCCCAAGGAGGUUGAACAUGUGGUGGCCGAAACCAUGCGCUUGGGGGAUCUCAGUGAGUUUGAUGCCAAGAACUACCUUUUCCACACAUGGUUGGCGAAAUGUUAUCACAACAUCAGGCAAGAAGAAGCGCAACUCUUUGGUGCGCAGGAGAUGCCAAGAUCCCGUGUACAGCAGCUCUUCAGCGGCUCGCUUCAGCGCUUCAGUGAGAAGCAGCUGGAGGUUCUGAAUGAGCUGCUUCGGGAAGACGGAGCAGUGGGACCAGAGGUGGAGGUCCUUGGAAAGAAAUUGUCGCAGCAGGGUGCGGGUUUUGCCAUUGCUUUGGCUGCGGCUUUCCUGUCUGCAGGUCUGUUGCUCUUCCUGACCUGGCGAUUGCUGAGCGCACGUCGCAAGGGUCUUAGACGACGUGGCACUGGAGAGAAGCAAAUUCACUGA